AUGAAACUUACAAUAUUUACUUUAUUGACCUUGUCAGCAUUGUGUUUGGCUGAAGAUGAAGAAAAUCCUAAGCGUGAAGGGAGAUUGAUUCAUCCUGGAUUUGUUUUUGAAACGGCCUACGAAUAUCAAUCAAAAGCUGAAGAAUUUCAAAAGGAAGUCGCUUUGGAGACUUAUGAAACCUUAGUUGCCGUUUCAUCGGUAUUAAGGGAAAGUACGGGCGAAACUCUUCAACAAUAUGAAGAUCAUGUAGAUGAAGUUUUGAAAGCUUAUGCUCCGGUGCUUCAAAAGUUUCAGGAAUUAAGGGAGAGUGAAUGUAGAAAUAUGGCUAAAUCACAAUUGAAUUUAACGGCAAUAUUCACCGGAUUCGAAGCAAGUAAUUGUGCACAAUCUUACAACAGUCGGGUUCAAGAUGAAGUUGCGAAAGCAAACACAGCUAUUGUUGAUUUCGAUGAUUCAUUCAAUCAAAUCUUGAUGAUUGUCGGAAAAUCUUUUAUUGGGAAGAAUGUUUUUGUCAGUGCGGAGGACAUUCAAGGACGGAUUGUUGAGAUGUUUGAAAAUAUUCAAGGCAAAUGGAGAAAUGUUGGGCCAGAAAUGAAAAAUGUGAGAAGUUCUUUGUCAAAAGUAAUUGCAUCACAAAAUGAAGAGCUGAAAAACUGUCAUGACGAAAAUUUCGGAAGAACGAUGGAAUUCUAUGCCAUGUUUGAUCAUUUGGUUGACAUUUGCAUCGCUUUUGACAACACUCAACAUCCAUUUGCGUUCCGAACAAUGAGAACAGAUGUGCCUGAUUCAGCUAAGAAAAUUUAUGACAACUUUAAAGUUCAAUUAUCAGAAAUUAAAAAUUAUCAAUGGAAAGCUUGA